UCAUUUGGAAAAACAACUCUCUUUGUCACCUCUCUCAGUCCCAUAAUGUCUCCAACACAUCCUUCCCUUCCCUAUAAGUAUUACAACAACUUGAGAUGAAUGCAUAUGAUAAUCACUAUAUAUAGAGAGAGAAAAAGCUAUCUGGAAAGAACUGCCACUGUUUCGCGGAUCAUAUGGCGGCAACCGCAGAGUCCCCGGUGAUCUCGGCACCGCCGUUUCAGCUGCACAAUUCCCCUUCGCUGACCCAUUCGCCGCUCAUUGAGCCCGCGCCGAAGACGCCCGCGAGGAGCCCUUUCGCCACGCGGCUCAUGUCGACUCCCCUGGCGAGCCCCGUGAAGAAGGCCAUGGCGAGCAUGCAAGGGUACCUGGAGGAGGUCGGGCACUUCACCAAGCUCGACCCGCAGGACGACUGGCUUCCCAUCACGGAGUCCAGGAACGGCAACAUGUGCUACGCGGCGUUCCACACGCUGAGCUCGGGGAUCGGCGUCCAGGCCCUCGUUCUUCCCUUAGCCUUCUCCGUGCUCGGUUGGGCUUGGGGGAUCGUGUGUCUGUCUGCGGUGUUCAUGUGGCAGCUCUACACACUCUGGCUGUUGAUCCAGCUUCACGAGUCCGAGGACGGGACACGAUACAGCAGAUACCUCCGACUCUCCACGGCAGCUUUCGGUGAAAAGAAGGGGAAGCUCCUGGCCCUCUUCCCAAUAAUGUAUCUUUCCGGGGGCACGUGUGUGGCCCUGAUCAUGAUCGGCGGCGGGAGCAUGAAGAUCAUCUUCGAGAUCCUGUGCGGCGGCACGUGCCACAUCAGACCGCCGUCCGCCGCGGAAUGGUACCUCGUGUUCAUCUGCUGCGCCAUCAUCCUGGCUCAGCUCCCCAACCUGAACUCCAUAGCCGGAGUUUCGCUGAUCGGGGCGAUCACUGCCGUCGGGUACUGCACCUUGAUCUGGGUGCUGUCCAUCACCAAAAGCCGGCCAGCGGGGGUCUCCUACGAGCCGCUGAAGGCGAGGUCGGAGCUGGCCAGGGUCUGCGGCGUCCUGAACGCGGUCGGGAUAGUGGCUUUCGCGUUCAGAGGCCACAAUGUUGUGCUCGAAAUCCAGGGGACCAUGCCGUCAAGUAGACAGAAGCCAUCUCGGAAGCCCAUGUGGAAAGGCGUUAAGUAUGCUUACGUGGCAAUAGCAAUGUGUCUGUUUCCCCUAGCAAUUGGUGGCUAUUAUGCCUACGGAAACUCGAUCCCGACAAACGAAGGCAUCCUCGAUGCUCUGUACAAGUACCACCUCCGCGGCACCUCCAAAGCCGUCCUCGGCUUCGCCAGCCUGCUCAUCGUGGUCAACAGCCUGAGCUCGUUCCAGAUAUACGCGAUGCCGGUGUUCGACAACCUGGAAUCCAGGUACACCCACAGCAAGCACAGACCGUGUCCUCGGUGGCUGCGCACGGCCCUCCGCAUCUUCUUUGGGUGCCUGGCGUUCUUCAUAUCGAUCGCGCUGCCCUUCUUGCCGAGCCUGGCGGGUCUGAUCGGAGGAAUCACGCUGCCCAUAACCUUAGCAUACCCUUGCCUGAUGUGGGUCCUGAUGAAGAAACCCGCCAGAUACAGCGCGAUGUGGUGCGUAAAUGGAAUUUUGGGAGUGUCGGGGAUGGCGCUCAGCGUCCUCAUAGUUGGGGCAGCCAUCUGGAGUAUAGUGACGAUAGGAAUAGAAGUCCACUUCUUCCGGCCGAAAUAGGAUUCAACUGCAAGGUGGUACUCCCAGGAUAGAAACUAUGUGAUGCGCAAUUGUCCCGCCCUCGACUUGACGAAGGAAAGCAAAAGUACCAAUGAAGAAGUCUACGCAGAACUUGUCGACAUAACCAGUCUCCAUAAGAUAAUUAUUAUUCAGUAACCACGACCCGCGACGAUUUGGGAGCUGCAUGGCGGCGGCAGAGUAAGCGCGAGGAACAAAAUUACUGUACGAUGUUGUGUAACCUUGCGUUCAUCCUUGUACAAGAUCUGUGUGGUACUUUCGUCCACAA